AUGCGAUAUAAUAUCCAUGUGGUACCGGCUUUGAUAAGUGCCUUUGUCGUUAUUCUCAGUGAUCAGGGUUGCGCAGUCGAAGGAGCAUCGCACUCAAAGAGUCUAAAGGCCAGGGUUCGCGUCCCGGUCGGAUCACUCGUGGGAACAGAUUACACACUAUGUCAAUUAUUUUCCAAGUAUAGACCAUCAACAGACUCUGUUAAAAGCGAGACCUCCACCGAGAACACUGUCAUUGAUGGGGAGACAGAUGCAUCCACGUAUGAACCGAACGUCGAAUUUGAGCCUGUCAUCCCGUUGCCACAGUUGGUAGAAGUGAAAACAGGAGAAGAAGACGAAACGUGCCGAGCAAAAUUAUAUCGUUUUUGCAGUGAGCCUGCGGAAUUUAAAGAACGGGGUAUUGGAGAUCUCAAGAUUCUGAAGCACCCUGUUACUGGUAAAGUAAGAGUAGUCAUGCGAAGAGAACAGGUAUUUAAGCUGUGCGCAAAUCAUUAUUUGUCAUCUGACAUGAAACUGGUGCCCAUGUCGAAAAAGCCGAAUGCAUUUACUUGGGUCUGCAAUGAUUUUUCGGAGGGAGUUAUUCAAAGAGAACUUUUUGCGGCGAAAUUCAAAGCCGAAAAGGAUGCUGAAGCAUUUAAAAAAUGUUUUGAGGAAUGCGCGGCAAGUCUGGGAGAAAAUGCGACCCUGUCAAAUGUGAAACGAGUCGAAAAGGUCGCGGACAAGACUGAUCAUUCUUCAGUGGCCCCUGCUUCUUGUAAUCUAAUGGACAAGUUUAAACCGAACCCCGGAUCUUGGACAUGUUCCACUUGCCUCGUUUCGAACGAUGCAAAUGCCGUUGCCUGUUGCUGUUGUGGGAACGUGAAAACCGGCGCCCCAAAAACCACUGAGUCUAAGCAGGAACAUGCUGUUUCUGCAACCACUACUGACGCUACUCCCAAAUCAUGCCUUUUCUCUUUUUCGUCACAGAACACUGCGCAAGCCUCGAGAUUCUCUUUCGGUUUUGCGAAGGAGACUUCAGGUGAAACUGCGAAACCAAAAGGCCAGAGUACUUCUCACCCCGACUCGACUACCAAAGCUGACUUUUCCUUCGGCAACACUUUAGGACCCGCUAAGUCAGCGACUGGUCCAUUGUCGUUCUCUUUUGGGACACCUCGCAGCAAUGCAGAAGAAAAUUCGUCGAAGGAGAAGGAUACUUCUCAUGGCAAGACCGACGAACCGGAUAAAGAAGAUUCAGCAGAAUGCAGUGGCAAUACAGAUGCAUAUUUUGAGCCAGUGGUGUCUUUGCCGGAAGUCGUGGUUAAAACGGGUGAAGAACACGAGGUUGAAGCGUUCAAAAUGCCUGCCAAACUUUUCCGCUUCGUUGAAAAAGAGUGGAAGGAAAGAUGCGUCGGAGAAUUGCGACUUCUUAAGCACAACGACACCGGUAACGUGCGCGUGGUCAUGCGACAGGAUCAGUCUCUCAAGGUGUGUUUGAAUCAUUACCUGCCCCCAAGUGUGCCGCUAGCCCAUAGGAACGACCGGAGUUGGAUGUGGGGUGCCAACGACUUCUCAGACGGGAUCACGAAGGAAGAACUGUUCUGCGCCAAGUUCAGGACAAAAGCUGAGGCGGACCUCUUCCAAUCCGAAUGGGAUAAGCUGUGCAAAGGGUUACCGCCCAUUUCUAAGACAGCCGAUCUAUUAUCAACGAUAAAGAACGAGCAGAAGAGCACUGCAUCGAACACUGGAAGUAAAUUAAAUGAUCGAAAUUAA